CGAAUUUGCUUAAUAUAUCGGGAGUCACAACUCACAUCUGAACAUAGCUGAACCGACAUCUCCACGUUCCAGUCUCGAAAGCUCAAGAAGAUACAUACACAGCCACCAUGCGUCUCCCAUAUGUCAAAGAAGAGGACCUGACCUCAGAAGCGGACAAGGCCGUACUCGAGCGCGUCAAGCAACGUCGAGGAGAGAAGGGCUUGAUUGCGCUUGACCGAACUUUGCUUCACUCACCUCCGGUUGCCGAUGGAUGGAACUCCUUCUUGGGCGCCAUUCGUACCAAGACCUCAUUGCCAACUUCGGUCCGUGAGACAGCUAUUGCUCGUGUCGCAGUCUUAAACAAAGCAUGGUACGAGUGGGAGUCACACAGCCCUAUCCUCCGUGCUGCUGACGGUAUAACUUCUGAGCAUGUCGAUGCUGUUUUGCACUCUCUUCCUCGCCAGGUGCACAAGGGCAUCCAAGACGACAAGCAUGCCGCUUUGCUUUCGUAUACAGAUGCCAUGACGUUGGAUGUCAAUGUACCGGAUGAGAUCUUUGCGGCGCUGAAGAAGCACUUCAGCGAUCAAGAAGUGGUGGAGGUCACAUCAACGGUUGCGGCGUACAAUUGUGUAAGCAGGUUCCUCGUAGCGCUGGACGUCGGGGAGAAGAAUUUGCAGAAAGAGCCGGAGAAAGAGUGGGAAUUGUAGCGAAGAUGGUGAAAUUAGAGAUAUCGCCAGUCGCCUUUUUGAUAGAAGUUCUUCGUCGCUGCCGUGAUCAAGCUGCCUACUAAUGGUGAACUGUCAACGCCUUGAAAACUCAGUGCAGCCUGACUCAUGGUGAUGGGGCCUUGAAGGUCGUUUUAUGGAAAUAGUCACGGGACAUGUUCAGUAUCUCCGCACAUCCAAUAAGCUGAAG